AAUGUUAUUUUACAGUUCUGAUUCUUUUAAAGUACUCUAUGGUAUUGCUACUUUUACUGAGGUAAAAUAUCCGAGUACUUCUCCCAUCACAUCUACCAUCUUAAAACACAUCAUUUUACAAAUAUAUGUGAUUAUAACGCGUUGCUUUUUCAGUUUUAUUUUGAAAAUCAAGCACCCGAAACGCAGUUUCUAGUUUGACCGUUCAGAGUCGAGAGGAGCGAUUUGGUUGGGCAUCCGCUGCAGCCUGCUGCUCCUCUCGACUGCAUGUCUCUCUACAAGAGGGCAUUCUUUGUCUUUUUAUCUCAUAUUUUGGAUACCCGGGACACAGAGCUUUUUAUUGUAUCUGGUGCAGCCUGAGAGCAACUUGCCAUGAACACCACACGGCUGGAGACCUAAGCAAUCGGGUCUGGAAGAGGGGAAGAUGCCUCAUGGACCGCUCCAUCACCGCCAGUGCGCCAGUUCAGGGCAUCCCAAACGCCGAAUAACAAAGAAAUGCCGAGGUUUAGCGUCAGGUGGAUGGUUGCGCUGGUGCUGAUUCUCCUGGUCGGCGGCGCUUUCUUUUACUGCGAGUAUCUUAUUUACUUCCCGACCAUCCUCAAGUGCGCCUGGCCGAAGAUCAACCAUGCACGGGGCGGAGAGGGCAUUGACGGCCGGCCGAUGGACUCAGCGGUCCGCGCUAUGGUGCUGUCGGACACCCACCUCCUCGGAGCCGUCGGAGGACACUGGUUCGACAAGCUCAGGAGGGAAUGGCAGAUGGAGAGGGCUUUCCAGACCGCUCUGUGGCUGCUCAGGCCCGAAAUAGUGUUUAUUCUCGGGGAUAUCUUUGACGAAGGCAAGUGGAGCUCACCGAAGCACUGGGAGGACGACGUGCGGCGCUUCCAUAGGAUGUUCAGACACUCCACUGACACCGAGCUGGUUGUACUGGUUGGCAAUCAUGACAUCGGUUUUCAUUAUGAGAUGGACUGGUUCAAGCUGCAGCGCUUCGAGAAGGUCUUCAACGCUUCCUCCACCAGGAUCGUCACCAAAAAGGGAGUCAACUUUCUGCUGGUGAACAGCGUGGCCCUUCACGGCGACGGGUGUCCCAUCUGCCAGUCGGUGGAGAAGGAACUGAUCAAACUCUCCAGAGACCUCAACUGUUCUCUUCAGAGUUCACAGUCGGUCAGCGGAGUGACGGACAGCUGUGAGGGUGCGCAGCUCUACCCUCCCACCCCCCCCAUCAUGUUACAGCACUAUCCUCUGUUCAGAGUGAGCGACGCCGGCUGCAGAGGACUGGAUGCUGCACCGCCCCAAGAGCGACACCUGCUGUUCAGAGAGAAGUAUGACGUGUUGUCCAAGGAGGCCUCACAGAGGCUGCUGCAGUGGUUUAAGCCCCGCCUCAUCCUGAGUGGACACACCCACAGCGGAUGUGAGGUUCUCCAUGACAACAAGUACCCAGAAAUCAGCGUGCCGUCCUUCAGCUGGAGGAACAGAAACAACCCCAGCUUCAUCAUGGCGUCGGUGUCCCCCGGCAGCUUCGCCCUGUCAAAGUGCUUCCUGCCGGAGGAGAGCACGGUGAUCGGCGUUUACUGCUCGGCCGGUGCCUGCAUGUUGCUGCUGUUCCUGGCUCACUGCCUGUGGAUGAAGGGCCUGCUGCAGUGUCUCAGCCUCUGCCUGCUGGGGAAGCACAAGUAUCUGUGAACUACGAUACCCAGAGUGCACCGGGACAGAGCCAUGAGAGGAGAGUUCACUGGACUUGGUCAAUACUAGAUGUUUUUAGAGGAUUUUGUGACGUUCCCUCUCGUCAGAAAGGGACGGAAAUCUGUUCGUACAACCUCGAUUUGUUUGUCCAAAUGUUUUACGACACUGGGAAUGAGUAUUUGUUUUAAAUGUCUUAAAGGGACGUUCACUUCAGAUAUUUAUUUGAUUAUAGCCUAUGGUGACAAAACAGAUGUUGGGCCAAAUUGUUGUUCCAAAUCAUCACCGGUGUUUUGUUUGACUUUCAUCGGAUGGAAGAAUCUCUCUCUCACACACACACACACACACACACACAGGUGGCAUUGAGUAUGACAAUACAAAUCAGUACAUAUUUAAAUACUAACUGUCCCAGGUCUGAUUUAAGGUGGUAAAGUCACAUUGUUGUCUCUUCACUCUGAUGUAAACACACUCAUAAUCUCUCACUCUGAACACUGUUUGUUUCUGUCGUUGAUGUCCGAUCAUCCAUCCAGGUUUCUUGCUGUUUUUAUGAUGCAUAUGUGAAUAUAUUUAUUGCUGACUUUCUGUGCCAAAUGUUUGUGAGGAGCUUUGCCAAUUUGUUGGAACAUUUCUGAUGAACUGUAAAUAAUAAAUGAGAAUCUAAAGCUCUGU